UAUUUAUGUAACAUAAUUUAAUUCAAACUAUAGAAUUUUCUAUCAAAUAUUUAAUAAUUAUUCUAGUUCAUUUAUUUGAUAUAACUUUAAAUAUAGUUAAACAAAUAAUUAAAAAAUAUGGAAAUAGUAAAAUAAAAUUGUAAAGGCCAAGGGAACGAAGAUGACGAAGGACAAAAGCGACCAAAGGAAGGUUCAGAACGAGCUUGCGCUGUGUGACCGAUACGUAUAAAUAAAGAGUUGGAUAGCUGCGAGGUUGCCAGAUUUCAGUAAUAUUGAUCGACAAAGUCGACGCGGUCGCCAACCGGGGUCACGAAAAGAAACAUGGCAACAUUGUCCCGUUCCCAGCUGAUCGAGCUCUCCUCAGGUUUACUCAACGGUCGACCGUAUCUCUGUUUCUUCGAGUUUGUAUGAAUUUUUGUCAUUUUGUAUAUCAUUUUUGUAUGAUUCUUUCUUUAUUUUUCUCUUGUAAAGUCUUAACAAAGACAUUUAUUAUUCUUUAUUUAUUUAUCAUUAUUUAAAAUUUUUUCUUUCUUUUUCUUUCUUAUUAUGAAUUCUGAUUUAUUACAAAUAUAAGAAAAAUACUUUCUUCUAUUCUAUAACUACACACGUGAUGAUAUGUAAUGAUAUUGCAAUAAGAAAAUUUCAUUAUGCGCUAAAUAGUUAAAUUCUAUUUAUUUGUAAAAAUAAAACACAAGAAAAAACUUAGAAUUUUUUUUUAAUUCUCUUCUAUUCCAUUUUAUUUUCAUCAUAACAAAUUAUUUUAUACCAAUUUUAUAAUCCAGUUGUCAUUAUUGAAGAUGAAAGAAUGCAUGUUUAAAAUAACUACGUAGUUCUCUUUUCUUUUUCUAUUAUUAUUAUCUAUCUACCAAUCUUUUGACUCUUCUAAAGAUCAUGUGCCAAUAGUAUUACGUAACAACGCUAUUGAAUUUAUUUGUUAAUGUAUCUUAAAGUUAUUUAUUAAUUCAAAAGAAAAUUUUCAUAAAUUUGCAUAUUUUCAAAUUUUAUGUAUAUAUAAUUAUUAGUAUAUAUAUAUAUAAAUAAUAAUUUGUGCGCAAUAUAAUAAUAUUCUGUUGCAGAUCAAAUUCAUUGUAUUUCAUUUCAUGAAUGUGAAUAUAAAGAAUUUUAUUUCACAUUUAUUUAUAAUCACAUAUUUAUUUAUAAAUAUAUAUAAUAUAAUUCAUUACAGCUUUGCAAGUGCUAUAAAUUUAUUUAAGAUAUUUUUUUAAAAAAAUUUCUUUUUUCAUUUUAUUUUUUGAUAAUAUUACAUAAUAUAUAUAAGUAUAUUUUAAUCGAUAACUUCAUGUUUAUUUUAUUUAUAUAUUUUUUUCAAUAUAUAUUAUAUGAUCCAAAAAUCAAGUGUCAUGUUUCAUUAAUAAGAUAAUAUUUUACAUCUUCUAAUUAAUUUGCUAUUAUCAUAUCACACGAAUUUUUAUCUGUGAUAACAAUACAUUUAGAAAUAUUCAAACAAAAAUUAUACAUUUAUUUCAAUUAAUAAAAUGAUAUAAUAAAGAAUAAAAGAAGAGAUAUAAGAGAUUAAGAUAAGAAAUAAUUCUAUCUUUACUUAGUUGCUUCUCUUGGCAAUAAUAAAAAAAGAAAACAGAAAGAAAAGCUUUUGCGCAAUUUAUGGAAGUUUUGCAAUCAAAUUCAAUCUCAUUACGAAUAUGCACAUAAAUCAAAUUUCGAAACAAAUUACGAAAACGAUUUACUAAGUCAUUCGAAUUGCACAAUCAUAAUUUAAUUGUAAUUCAAGUUCAGGUUCAUAAUUCAUUCAGACAUUUGCCAAACUUAUUCCAUUUACAUCAUGAUAAAACGUUCAAUAUUUUGCAACUUUAUUAAAUCCAUUUACAAAUUCGAAAUAAAAUUCGAUAUUGAAAAAAAUAAAAACGAAGAAAAAGGAGGAAAUAAAAAUCAAGGUAAAAAUGAUAUUGCAAAUCGAGGCUUAUUUGUAGAUAUAAUUGAAGCAUAUCAAAGGACUGUAAUUCGAGACAUUUGUUAUCAUUUUUAUCAUUUUUAUAUAUACAUACAAUACAUAUCGAAUUUCUAAUAAUAUUAUUAAUAUCAUUUAUAGCAAAUUUUUUAUAUUUUUCAUAAAAAUACCAAAUAUGUUUACAUAAAUUUACAAUUGUUAAUCAUUUUAAAAUAAUACUAGUCUUAUGAUGUGCAAAAUUAUUAUUAAUUUUUUUUCUCUAUUUUAUAAUAAAGAUAUAUAUAUAUAUUAUCUAUUUAUUAAAUAGAUUAUCAAUUUUAUCAUAAUAUUCUUUAAAAUAGAAAAGAUAAAUCAAUACAAACUUCUUAUUAAAUUAUGAUUAGUAUAUAAUGAUCGUUCAAUCUGACCAAAGACUGUUCUCUAACAAUUAAAUUUCAUCAUAUUCCUUUCUCUAUGACUGUUUUUUUUUUAUAUAACGCAGAGAAUUUGUUUUUAUAGAUUGAAUUCCAUUCAAAAUUGAAUAUUGUUAGCUAUCGUUGACAAAGCUAUAUUAUCAAGGAUUUACUUAUCAUAUAGAUAAUUUAUAUAUUAUAGUUAAACUAUUACAGAUAUAUCAUAGUUCAUUAAUUUAUUAUUAUAUUAACUAUUAUAAUAAUAUCCACAUAUUUUGAAUUAAAAUAAAAAAUAAAAUAUUUUCAUAUUUGAAAUUCCAUAGAUAAUGUGCAUUAUUUAUUAUAUUAAAUAUUUAAAAAAUUUGGAUGAAAAAAAUCUAUAUAUAUGAAGAAAAGAUAUAUGUUAUAUAAACAAAAAAUAGUUUUUAGAAGAAGAAAAUUUGACUUUAGAGAUAGAGAUAGAGAGAUAAAUAUUUUUAAUAUAUUUUAAGUUUAGUCAUCAUAAACCUUAUUUUCAUUUAUUCCGUAUAAUUCCAUAAGUAUAAUUCUAUGUAUAUUUUUAUAAUUAUUUUUAUUGUAUAUUUGUGUAUCAUUAUAUUCAGAUAAGAAAAAAUUCCAAAUAAAACAAAUAAGAAAUAUUGUGUAAUAUAAUAUUAUGUAAAAUUAUAUUUUAUUAAGAAAAACAGCAUUUUAUUUCUAGGAUUUACAUAAAAAAUAAAUUUUUAUAAAAAUAAAAAUAUAUAUAUAAACAAUAAAAUAUAAUUUUUAUCAAUUUUUUUCAGAAAGGAAUAUCAAUAAUGUUUGAUUGCAGUUUCAAAAAAAAUAUUCAAUUUAUUUUGAGAAAUAUUUUCUAAUAUUGAUUAGAAAUUGAAGUAAAAUAAUGCGCACUGUAGAAUAAUAUGCAAAAAUGCGAUAAUAAGAAUUGCAACAUAUCUUAAAAAAUACAACUUCUCAUAAAAAUUUGAAAGAUUUAUUUGAGCAAUGGGCAAUAAUAUUAUUUAGCAAGCGGAAAGCAAAUAUAAAGCAGUAUAAAAGCUAAUUAAUGAACAUGAAAAGAACAUAAAAAUAAAAAAACAUGUAACGUAAUAUAAAAUGUAAUGAUGUAACGGAUAACCUGUUCAAAAUAAAUUAAAAGAAAUAAUAAUCCUGGUAUCGAUAGCGAGAAUACAGGGACAAUAAGCAAGAAUCAAGCUAAAAGGGCUGUAUCUGGUUAUAGUCGGGUUCCCCUCAUAGGGCGGUUCGUUGAGCGCGGUGCAGAGAGGUGAAGUAGGUUUUGCGUCGGCGCGGUCUUGAAACUCGCAACGUUGCCGGCUUUUCGAGAUGAUGGUUACCACGAGGAGAAGCCAGAGUUGGUGGAACGGACGGAACAGAUCUUUCACAGUCAGUUUUUGCUUCUGAUACGCGACGGACGAUGCUAGUCGUGUCGCGAUGAACGAGUGUGUCAUGUGACACGCGAAACAAUAGUAUAUCUUUAUUUUGUUGCUGCACAUUUGACAGAACUGAUACGUAAAAAGAGAUAAUAAUACAAGAUAAAAAAAAGAUAAUACACGAAGAAAAAAAGAGAAACUUGAGUGUGCGUGAGUGUGUGUGUGCGUGCAUGUGUGAUUAGUUUGUAUGUGUUACCAUUAAUAUGCGUACUUGCGCGCGCGCGAGUGCUUUCAUAGCAGUAUAGUAGUUGUGUGCAGCCAUAUAUUGUAUGCUGGCGGAUUCCUUUCCCGUCCAAUUUCGGAAGUCUACAAGUCGUUCCAUUAGAGCGCACACAAUUAUGUUACCGGCUCAACACGGCAAUAGCAGCAACACCACUGCCGCCACCAUCAAUAAAUUCAGCAGCCUCAAUACCUUCAUAAGACAUUGGGCCGGAUUUUUUGCAAACGGUUAGACACAUCAUCAGUAGCCCGUCGCUAUCUCAGACGAGACACACGGUGCUUCACGGCUUGUCCCGUGAUUCUUGCUAGGUAUGUAAUAUAAAGAAAAAUCAUAAUAACGAAAAAGAAGAGCAAAAGAAAAGAAAAAUAAUAUUAUAUAGCACAAUUUGCAUCUUUUAGUAAAAGCAUAUGUGCCGUAUUAAAUACUUGUGAAGAAAUGACAAUACAAUUUUUCUGUUACCAUGCUUCCUCCUUUUAAAAAGUUAUUAAAUUAUAAGUGAAAGUUUUAUUUUCCGAUCAAAAAAACAAUGCAAAAUUUAUACAAAUCAAGAAGAAGAAUAUCAGUCAAUUAAAUCAAUUUGGAUUUCGCGAAGAUCAGGACAUGGGAAUUCUUAGUUAUAUGCGUAGAAAUCGUCAUAUUACAGGUUAUAGGAAUGAGGGAGCGGGUUUUCACGUGGGACUCGUGGUGGUGGUUAAUAGUUCUUCUCACUGCGGUGCACAUUACGGGUUCACAGGAUCUCUCUUCAGCGGGUUCGUCGACUUUUUUUACGGAAAAAACAUCACCAUCUUCGCGUCUAAAAUGCGCUGCAGGUUGCGAAUGCCUAGACAAUGGAAAAAGUCUAUUGUGUCAGGAACGAAGCUUUCUUGGACUUGGUUUGUCCAGAGAAACUACCAAUGUUGUGUUAAAAAACGUCAGAGCUGCUACCAUACCCAUUUCCGCCCUCGAAAUUGCAAUUCGUCUCAAGAGUCUGGCCUGGACUUCAAGUGGAAUCGAAAGAAUAGAAUCCGGCGUGUUCCUUGCUACAACGUUCCUCGAACAUCUCAACUUAGGUGACAAUAGGUUGACGGAACUACCGUCGGAUGUCUUCCAUCCGUUACAUCAACUACAGUACCUGAAUCUUACUGGAAAUCAAUUGACUAUAAUCCCACGAGCAUUGUUUCAAAAUUUAAAUCGACUCGAAGAGAUCGGCUUAUCGCGAAAUCGAUUGUCAAUACUUCCUUAUCAAUUAUUCGCCUCAGCCAAAUCGUUAACUCGCUUGGAUCUUUCCGAUAAUUUAUUGGUGUCUUUGCCAGAUCAUAGUUUCACAUUAAACAAAAACCUUCAAGAACUCAGCCUGGCUGGUAACAGGCUUACCAAACUUCCAUCGCAUUUGUUUUCCGGUUUAAAUCAAUUGAAGAUACUAGAGCUGGACGAUAAUGAAAUUGAUACAAUACCGCGUGGUUUCUUUGCAGAUCUUGUGUCGUUGCAGUAUCUCGAUCUUUCCGAAAAUCCUAUAACACGUUUAUCAAACAUCGCGUUUCAAAGCCUGUCAAAUUUAAGAUGGCUUAGCUUAAAAAAUCUACCGGUUACGGUACUUCCACAAGAUGUAUGGCGACCACUAAGAAAGCUACGUACUCUGUUGCUUUCUGGAACAAAACUAGAAGUUCUCCGUAACGAAGACUUGAAGGGAUUGGAGAAACUUGAGACAUUGGAAAUAAAUAACAGUCCACUGCGAGAGAUCUCUCGAUGUACCUUGGAUCGUACACCGGCUCUUCGUAAAAUCGAUCUACAUGACAGUAAUCUGACCUUUCUUCCGGCAAAUGUGGCGCAGCUGUCGUUUCUAAAUGAAUUACAGCUGCAAGGGAACCCUUGGGCUUGCGAUUGCCGUAUGUUCUGGUUUGUAAAAUGGGCUGAAAGCAAAGAACAUUUACGAACCGCUUUUCAAAGUGGAUUCCGGUGUGGUGAUGAGAUCGAUGGUACCGGCGAUAUCCUUCAAACUCUUCGUUAUUUGAAAUGCACACCACCGAAUUUGACAUAUUCUACGCCCACGGAACAGUAUCUGUUGUUUCAUUCCGUACUACUCGAAUGCGAAUUCAGUGGCAAUCCUACGCCAUCGUUAACAUGGGUUACUCCAAGACUUCAAGUAUUGCAUUGGAAUCCGGAUCCAGCAUUUCCCGAUAAUUUUGUCGAACAUCCUUCUACACACGGAUGGGAACAAAGUGUACCGUUCGUUGAUGAUGGUCGUAUACGUAUUCUCGAGAAUGGAUCUUUAUAUAUCACGACGUUGCUCAGGCAGGAUGUUGGACAAUACAAGUGUUUCGCGGUGAAUCCAAUUGCCAAUGCUACUUCCUAUGUUAGUUUGCAGAUGAAUCCAAUAACAUUAAACAAAGUCAGGAUCAUCAGCAUUUUGGUAGGAGCUGUUACUGCCACGACUUUUCUUCUUUUAACGCUCCUCUUGCAACUGUUGCGUUAUCUCUUGAUCAAGUGUGGCUGUUUAAAAUGGUGUAUGUGUUGUAGACAUGUUGGUUCUACUCCUAGAGCAAAACAAAUUUAUCAAAUGUUGGAUAAUAUCGAACAAUACAAGAGUCAACAACUUGAGAGAUUACGCGAGAAUUACACUCAACAAGUACAUAGAAUAAAAGAGAACUGUGCUCAACAAGUAGAAUGGAUUCGCGAUAGUUAUGAAGGUCAAAUGAGGCACAUUAGAGAUAUAAGGGAUUAUGGAACAAGCCAUCUUACGGCUCUCAGAGAUCAGUAUUAUGAUCAGGUGCGGAAAGUACGAGAUUACUCAACCAGUCAGCUCAAUUGGGUGCGAGAAAAUUAUGUCUUCCAACGUAACAAGAUAAGAAAGUUCAGUGCCCAUCAGGUGCUACGACUUCGUGAAAGUUAUAAGUACCAACAACAAACACUAAACAAAGUAUUGGAGAAUCUACCGAAUUUUUAUUUUGAUAAUUGUCGAAGCGGUUCUUGUGGAAAAAGCGAUUCGAUGGUGUUUGAUCCGAAAGAAGACGGAUCCGUCCGAAUGGACACUUACUUCAAAGCAAAAAUUAACCUAGAGAACAGUACAAGUAUGGAAGACGUUAAUAGCGAGUAUUAUACACCAACGGAACUUUCAUCGACCAGUCCUCAUGGAAUUAUGGAAGGUAUCCAUAUCAAUUAUAUUGAGGAAACAGGGCCACCUAUUCGAUUUGAUCCAUUAUCUAAUGGAAUAGCAGCACCACAUUCGAUAAUACUUCAUAGUAUCGAAGAAGAUGGAAGUUCUUUAUCAAUAUAUAAAGAUGCAGAUCAUAUUAAGCCAGUUUUUAAAGGCUUCAGCACCGAAAUUUUAGCCAAAGAGCCUAAUAAAAUUCCAGAAUGUUUUGGUCUCCUUGCACCCACCUCCAGUAUGCCUGAUUUACCACGUGAAACCAAACUUUAGAUAACUUUGAUGACAUGUGUUACGAAAGAGUACUAACCUCUCUUUAUAAUAGCAAGAUUACAAUUAAGACGAGAAUGUACUGCCACUGGAUUAUUAUGUGAGAAAAAUUUAUAGAAGUGCCUCUACAUCGGUAAGUGAGAAUGCAUUCGCAAGAACGAACGGUGGUAUUUUUCUCUAUCGUGGGACUUCUUAAAAUUUAUUUAUUUAUUUAUUUUUUUUUAUUUUAUUUUGUUGCUUUUUUUGUAAAAUAAAAAACAAUAUACCUCUAUAAACGAUAAGAGAAGAACGCCAAGAAUAGGAAUGUCCCUUUAUUGACAUCGAUCAAACUGAUGGUUGUGUAUGCGUGAGUGUUGUUUAAGGAGGACAUUAGAAAAAAAAUCGCGGACAGUUUCCAAGGAUUUUUCUGUGAUUCGGUCGAUGACCUUGCAACCUGUCCGCCCCUAUACUUUGUGCUUUUUAUCAUUGUCGUUAUCAUCGCUCAGUAUCAACGAUAAUGAACGUCGAUUUUUAGAUGAAGAAAAUGCUGGAAAGAAAUGCAAGAUAUAGAGUGUUACUGCCAAUUCUUCCGUAAGCCAAUUUCAACUAAAACAAAAACUUGCAAAACCAUAAACCAAAACAAAAUAAAAAAAAAGAGAAAAGAAAAAAAGAAAGAAACAACGCGUAUAAUAAAUCCACAAUAAUUUUCGCCUAAUUGUCAAUUUUCCCGAAGAUCAAUAAUUUUUAUAAUUAAAAGCAAUCGAUCGACUCUUUUUUAUUCUCUUGUAAAUAAUAUGCAUACAUGAGAUUUUAUCAGUUUGCAGAAAUGUGUAAAUUUUUAUGAGACUGAACUCGCGAUCGGCAUAUAUUGUUGAUAAUUUCUUCACUGAUCGAAGUUCGACGAAACAAAACGUGUUGUUGUGUUUUGAUUGUUUUUAUGUUCUUUUCAUUGUUUUAUUUUCAAUUUCAAAAAAUUGAAUUAUUCAUUUAGAUAAAUGUCAUUUUUUAAAUGUUUAAUAUAAUAAUAAUAAACGUCUUUUUUAACGUUUUCUUUUCGCGCUUUUAAAUUGUUUUCAAAUCAAGUGCAAAUUGUUUGAAAUGUAUAAAUAUAUAAUUAUUUAAAAAAAAAUCAUUUUAUCGAAAACAAAGAUGUACUUAAUUAUCAUAAUAGCAUAUUUUGUUUCGUAAGUAUCGAAGAAGAUAAUAAGUGAUAUUUCUGAAAUUUUUUUUAUCAUUUCAAGUUAUUCAAUUUAAUCAAUUUUAUUAUUUUAAUUCAAAUAUCUACAAAAAUUUUUAUCAGAAAUCUAUAAGUAGUCUUUUUGAAUUAUUUCUUUUAUAUCUUUCUAUUAAAAAGAUUAAUUUCAUUUUUAAAGUAAUUAUUAUUUUAUUUUUAAAUAAAAUAUUAAUAAUUAAUAAUUUAAAUUGAAAAUGUUCAACUAAUUUACAUAAGAAAAAGAGAUAUAUCAAUUUCAACUAAAAAAAAAGCUUUGCAGAUCUAUUUAAAAUAUUUGAUCAUCGGGUGAACUAAAAUGGCGCAAUGAGACAAAUCUCUAAUUAUUGGUGUUAAAUAAAAGAAUAUUCUAAUCGUGAUAAUCACGAUCACAAAGCUACGAUAAAGACUGUACAAAUUAUUAACACGCAACUUUAACAAUGCUUUAAUAUCAGACUAUUCCCAGACUUUUCUCAUGUGCUUUUCUAUGUGCAAGAAUAAAAAUUCAAUCGCAGAAGACAAACCGAUCGUGGCUUUCAUUAUUUCAGUGAGCUUAGUAGAUAAUGCAUGUUCUACAAGCUGUUACUUCAGUUGACGACAUUUCAUUAUAAUUGGGAAAACUUACGCAAAUGAUUUGUAAACUUAAACUCAUUCAGGAAACAAUUUAUUGAUAUUAUAUCAUUUAUUUCAAUUUUGCAGUAUUUUAUCUAUUUAAUAAUAAAAAAAAAUAAAUCAACGAAUUUAAAUGUUAUAAAAAAUUAUUUUUUUAAUUGUAUAAAUGACUAUUUCCUAUUUUAUAUGCAUGUUAUGUAACACAUCAACAUUAUUCGACGAUAUAUCUGGUUUAAAUGUAUACAUCGAAUAAUAUUUUUAAAUCAUUAAAAAAAAUAUAAAAAAUUGUUAAAAAUAAAAUUUAUUCAGCUUGAA